UCGGAAAAGAGCGAGACACAGAGCCGACUUAAUCGAACCAGAAUCUCCAAAAACAAAGGUCAAGAAAAAAGAGGCGGCUACUGAGACAGAAGAUGAAAAUCCAGGACGUGUUUCCAAGAGAGAAGCCAAAAAAAGAAAACCCUCUGACCAAAGACGUGGGCUGGAAGCUGAGGGAGGCCCUGAAACAGCAGCUGGCCAUCAUCCAUGAUCGAGUGGAGGCCAAAAAGAUUGCCAAGAUGGCUCUGGCCGAGGUGAGGAACAUCCUGGCCAGGGAGAAGGAGAAGGUCCCAGGGGUGACGAGGGACGAGGCAGCAAAGAAGGCUAAGGUGGCGAUGGCAGCUAGGAUGGAGGACAAGAUGGAGAAGGAGGAAUUUGAGAAGGGCAAGAUUAGGAGAGACAAAGAGCAGAAAGAGAAGGAGGGAGAAAAUAAGGACGAGAAGGGCAAGAAAGCUAAGAAGAAUGUGACAAAGCCAGACAAGAAGUCAGGGAAAGAGGUGGAGGGUAAGAAGGUGGAGGCCCCCAAAAACGCCAAAAGUAAAAAGUCCCCCAAAGCUGCUGCUAAAAAGCUCAAGGUGUCUGAUAAGGGGGUCCGGAAAUGAUGCUAAACUCUUCACACCUGCACUGAUGUUGGUGAUCAUUCACUCCCUCUGGUGACACGGGAUGUUAAAAGAUUCAGGAAAAACACCACCUGUGAGAGAUCUCCAGUGACAGACCCCUGCGAAUGGGAGUAUGAAACCCCCUACUGUGCAGGACAGCCAUUUCCGCAAUGUAUAGUGCAUAGUGUUUUAGCCAUUCCCUACUUGUGAAAAAAUCAUAAUGUUGUCCUCUAUAGAAGUAUGAACUUGACAAGGAAAGGUGCCAAGUGGACAGCAAGGUGCUAUAAGCUUAGAAUCAGAUGUGGUUUAGUUAUGUGUUAAUUUACAUCAGAAAAUAUAGCUUUAUAGAGUCGCUAGACAGGAAAUGUGUAGAAAUAGGACAUAAUGAUUUAUUUUGCAUUUGGUGAAGAUGGAACUCCGAAGUGGAUUUGAAAGGAUCAGCUAUGUGGGUGUUCUUUGUUAAUAAAGUUGCUGGAUUCUU